AUUACCAUGGCAGUUAUGCAUUACAAUUUCACAAUAUUACUUGUAUUUCAAUGAUUCAUAAAGGCCCAAGACAUAAAGUAGCCUGCAAUCAUUCCAUUGCUGACCCAUCGGAUGGUUAUCACAUAGAGGAUUGGCUUAAUCUAGAAUCAUGGAUACCUUUCAUAUCUGCGCAUCACAAGUUGGAACUAGUGGUCAAAAUUGGGACAAUGUUGCCCAAAAUAAAUGUUUUCAUGGAGUGAACAAGACCUGCCAACAGAGCUCACUGGAGCAGGGAGACAUCCCGUCAUCCCUUCGGCACCUGACAAAGAUUCAGAUCCUGCUGAACGAUGUUAAGCAGUCGAUUAACCACAUGCAGGGGAAGCUGAACACCAUGCAGGGGCAGUGUAUUGAGUUGCAGACUGCCAUAUCUAAGAUCAUCCCAGCAGCCGACGUUGCUGUACAGAGUGGGGAAACAUCCAACAUCGCUGGGCAGGGGAGGGGAUCCUCCCAAAAGCCAACUUUGCUGCGCAGAGGGAGGAGGUCCUCCGAGCAUCAGGCCUCAUCCCUGCACAGAGGGAUGGGAUCCUCCAAACAACCAGUGUCCCUGCACAGAGGGAAGGGAUUCUCCCAGCAGCCAUCAUCACGGCACAGAGGGAGGAGAUCCUCCGAGCAUCAGGCCUCAUCCCUGCACAGAGGGAUGGGAUCCUCCAAUCAACCAGUGUCCCUGCACAGAGGGAUGGGAUUCUCCCAGCAGUCAUCAUCACUGCACAGAGGGAGUUGA